AUGUCAGGCCCGUAUUCACCAAAAGCAACUCCCAAGCGGAAGCGGGAUGAUAUCAUCAGCGAGACGCCCGCUUCGAAGUUAUUUACAGCCUCAAUCUUCACGUUUGAACCUCCUAGCUCGCAAGACUCAAUUGAAGAUGGCAGCAGUAGUCCUCGCACCAAGGUUGCUAACAAGUUUCGCGACCUUUCACUCGAGAGAGGUGGGGGCGGGGUUCAGGUCACAUCGACGCCAGAUGGCAUCAACGGUCAACGGCCAGUAGCCCAGGAGCGCCCGAAGCGAUUACCAGAUCCCGUGAUCUUUGGCUUUGGCGGCGGAACCCAUGAGGUGGGCGGAAAAAAUAACAUGCAGCUGGACGGUGACGACAAUGUCGCCCGGAAACGCCAUAAAUACAUACAGUUCGAAGGGGACAUAUCUCCUGGCGCCAAGGGAGAAAGCAGUGCUCAGGCAGCCGAGCCCGUGGAGAUUGACGAGAAAAGAACGCUCACUCUGGAGAGUGGCGUGGACCCGAGCUUGGUGAGAGUGGUUCGAAACGGAUCUCUGGGCGGCCUGAAGAAAUCCUAUCCCUCAAUUAAUCGUUUGUCGGAUUCGAGAUCUCGUGGUCGUAGGCGGUCGGGCACACCGCCCCUUCAUGCAUCUAGGCGUAAGAGCACAGGGUCAAUGGAGGAAGCACCGCCUGCCAUCGUGGAUCCUGUUCGCGCGGCAUUGACCUGGCACGAGGACGAGAUCACGGUCUACGACUCUGAAGACAAGGAUGACGAUGGCACAGGACUGAACGGAAUCGGAUUCAGGCCUACGCCUGCCAUAGCAUAUCAGCGAGCACAGAAACGGAAGAAGCAGCUAGCCGAAUACAAGAAGCGCGAGGAGACCGAGGCUAGAGCCCAGCGAAAUCAACGGCGCCGAGAUGCACUCGGUGGAGGGACAGAAUUACAAAGACAGCAUUCUGCGAGCCGCGUUCACUUCUCCGAAGCGGAACCUGAAAAGUUGGUCAUGACUUAG